UCCCGUAACAUCUUAUCCAUGCUCCUGUCCAUCCCAGAUUCCAAGUACCCAAAAGCUUAAGUAAAAUUUACUUCUCUUCUACAUACUUCUUAUAUACUUUAAAACUAUAUAUCUUUCUAUAUAUCAUAUUUAUACAUCUACAUCACCCCAUCACCCCAUCAUGUCCGAAAUCACCGGACUUCCACCCGCAGAAACCUCCCCCGCAUCCGCCAUUCCUCUCCCCAUCUCCACACCUUUUCCCCCAGAGAUUCCCACACCACAAGCCUUACAGAGAUGGCUUCCUCUCUACCUAUCCAAAACCGAUAGCGUACUCAAUCACCUCUCCAAACUCGUCAGUACUCCCUCAGGCAUCGAUGUUCUCCUCUGCACAGUAGGCUAUAGUUCCCUCCUAGCCUCCAACCUCCUUUCCCGACUCUCCGUCCAUCAGAUCCAGCAAACCGCGCGCCUCCUCAUCGAAAAAGCGAUUACGCUUCCUCCUAAUACCACAAUCGUGUUAUCACCUGCUACACUCCCUAUACCCAGUAAUCGAUUACUGGUACUAGCUACUCGAUUCAAGGCACUGAGUGCAUUGAUAACUGAUUUUAGAACAUUUGGGCGUCUUUGGGGUCUAUUAGCAAUUUACAAGUGGGCAAAAGUUACAUGGAAUAGUCCGCCUAAAGAUACAUUUAUUAGAAAGAUUGUACAAAUCCAAGUACUUGCGAAUCUAGUCUUUCAGACUUUAGAAAACGGAGCAUAUCUCAGCUCGAAAAAUAUACUGCCAUGGGAUAAAACCAAACAAGCGAAAGCAGGUAUAUGGAGUGUGAGAUGUUGGAUGGUACAUGUGUUGCUUGAUAUUGUGAAGUUGGGAAUCGAGUAUGGGAAUAGGGAUAAGGAUUUGGCGGAGAUGAAGGGGGAGAAGGAGAAGGAACAUAGGGAGUGGAUGGAGAGGUGGAAGAAGAGUUUGAUUGUUAAUUUGGCAUAUGCGCCUUUGACUAUGCAUUGGAGUACGGAAGGGGGUCUGGUGACAGAAUUUUGGGUGGGAUUGUUGGGAACUGUGGCUGGGGGAACGAGUUUGAGAUAUUUGUGGAAAAAUACUCAGUAGAAGCAAAGUUAUGAAGUGAAUGGAGGAUGUGAGACGGGCUAAUUGUCGAAGUCGAAGAACGAUUUAAGGAAUAUGAAGGAUUGUGUACAGGCUAAUUGUCGAAAUCGAAGAACGAUUCAAAGAAUAUGGAGGAUGUGAGAACAGGAUAAUGGUCAAAUUGAAAGUACGGUUAAAGAAUAUGGUAAUUAUAAGCUAUAGCAUCGAAGUUGAGGAAGAAGAUAAAGACGAAGAUAGGGAAAACAAGUGUUCAAUUCCGAUAUAUGUAGUAUGUAUCCAAUGAGUACAUCAAACCUCACUAAGAACCACCAACACAUUACCAAUAACCCUAAAUGGAGUCCUAAACGGAGCUCCCUCCGAUCCUUCAUCUGAGUACCACAUCUACGGGAUCUCGCAUAUACAUCAUAUACAUACGAAGUACACACACAUCCUGUACACCCAGAA